GACAGUCCCGGUGUCGAUCGGCCGUGUGACAAGAGCCAUCGACGGAUCUCUAAUAAGCGGUUUUAUUCAAUAUCCACAUUGUUUGUAAAUGCCGAUGGCCGAGCCCCGGCGUGAAGAUGAGAGCGAGGGGCAGCGCAGAGAUGUGCGGGACGUCCCGAGCAGAGUCCGGCCGACAGAUCAUCCUGAAAGAACCAAGCCGGAGCAUUUACACUCCAGUCCAGGACCUCUGUCUUCUAUAAGAGCUGCUAUCAAACGCACAAGAACAAACCCUCAGUGUGAACAUACUAGAGACAGAAGGCGACCACAGAUCACCAUCGUCUCAGCUGAACCUCUGGACAGUAACAACUGGUUCCCAGGACCUGCUGUGGUUUUCCCUCCUCCUCCUCCUCCUCCUCCCCAGUCGGGCUGCUCUGCAGGCGUCCAGGCUGUCUCCCAGCCUCCACCAUCCUAUGACCAGGUGAUUCAAGAGAAGACCCAGGAGGGGCACGCCGUCAGGCCCACCGCAGCCCCCCGCUGCUCCACCUGCAUCGCCACAAGCGCCACACAGACUGACCCUGUGAGGGGAGAUACCACCCCCACCGACCCACGGGGCGGCGAGGCCCCACAGUCAGCCGAGAAAAGAUCUGCUGCUAAAAAACCACAAAAACCACCAAGGCCAUCACUGCCCAGACCAGGGGACAGAGAACCGGUCACUGGAACCGUCACACCUACGGGAACCGACGGGACGGUGGGAACAAAUACCACAGCAUCCACAAACGCUGAGGACCAAAGUGGCUCUAUAUCUGAUAUAAAGCGGCCCAGCCCACCACAUCUCACCCACACGAGCACCAGAUCUGUCACUGUAUACUGGGAUAUUCCUGCAAAUCAUCUCUCUGCCCCUGCUGCGCCAGCUGAAACUACAUCGCCUUCAAACUCUGAGCCCCGUCAAUGCCCCGUUCCACUCCCUCGCACAAGGUCCCGAAAGCCGGCAACUGCAGAGGAGGUCAAAGUUCAGCCUCUGGUCGAAGUCAGUGAAAAUUGCGACACCGUUCACUCUGAUCGGGAGGACUUUUCUUCAAAUAAGUAUUUGAAGGAAUUACUGGAGGCCUUCAGUGCAGAAGACGAGUGUGAGCAGACCGGCGACAUCGCUAACCAAUCAGACGAGGCCUGUCAAAGAGAAGAUGCUGCCGGCGAGAUGAACGCCGGCCACAGUCAACGUAACAUCCGCGCCAGGAUUCAGGCCUUCGAGAGCCAGGCCGACGCUGAGGAGGGAAGUGUGCCUGAACCAGCCCGACCGGAGCCGCGGCCGAGGAAGGCCACCGCCAAACCUCCGGUCGCCGCUAAACCCUCUGUGGCUCUCAAGCCUCAGUUUAACCACAGCACAGAUGAAGACAGUCAAAACUUCUCAUCUGCAAAUGUGCAAAUAUCAACCCCGAGACCCCAGCCCCCUGAAAAAAUACCGGGACUGUCAAUAAAAGAGGAGCUAGAAUCCAUACACAGCAAGGCGGCCUUCCCGAACAGAUCACGUCCUUCUGUACUAACCAGGGCAAACAGCAUCUACGGAGAGGAAACGUCUCCAGCGCCUCCUGUUCCUCCGGCGAAGCCUUUCAAAGAGCCCCUCAAACCCAACCUGAACAUCAACAACCACAACUCGGCCUCCAUCAGUGAGAGCGAGUAUGUUAACAGUCAACCAAACCACAUCCCAGCUGAGCCCCCGGCCAGCGCAGACAGCAACGGGGCCUCUUUCAAAAGGCAAACUCUAACGAGGAGACCGACCACCAUCAGGGUCCCCAGCAAAACGGGUUCACUCUCAGAUUCUUUUCAGGACGGUCCUCCACCUCUCCCCGUUCAGAAGCCCGUGGGCUCCCACCACGCCUCGGUGGUCCACAGACAGGUCUCCACGCCCGUCCUCCCGUCCCAGGAGUCUUUCCAGUUCGGACCAGAGCCAUCGCUACCACCUCGGAGGCCCAGCACAACCAAAACCCUCCCGCCUCGCCCACCUCCAGCCAAACCAGGCCCGGGCAGACCCCCCCCACCCGGCCUCCAGGCCACAGGUCGGUCCCAUUCAACGCCAUGGGACACCUCGCCUAAACCCCAGGCGCAGAAGCCCCACAGGAAACCUCCCGUCCUACCUCCGAGGCCCAACCCAGGCCACCGUCUCUACAACAAAUACACUCUCGAACUUCCCCACGGGAUCGCAGCCCUCGACUUCAACGGGAGCAACACGGGAGAGCUUUCCCUUCAGAAAAAUGAAGUGCUCCUGCUGCUAGGGGAGCUCGACCAUGACACGUUCGAGUGCCAAGUCGGAGACGUCAGAGGCAGAGUCCACAAGUCUCGCAUGAAGGUCAUAACUCCUCUCGCCGCCGACGUUUACCCACCGCAGCGCUCCGCACCGAGUGCUUCAGGCGGAGACGGUUAUGGACAAAGGGCGCAGGCCACACAUGACUUCAUCGCAGAGGGACCAGGAGAGCUGGGUCUGAGAGCAGGAGACGUCGUGACCAUGGUGGAGCCGGUGGACAGCGACUGGUCCAGGGGCACUUGUCGGGGGUCCACUGGUUUCUUUCCCGUCAACUAUGUCAAAGUCCUGUCAGAUUCACCGAAACGUCUCCCUGAAAGGAAACCGAAGCCUCCAUCUGCAACAGCCAGUGGCCCGCGGUGCGUGGCGAGGUUUGACUUUGAGGGGGAGCACAGUGACGAGCUGUCGUUCUCGGAGGGGGACGUGAUCCAGCUGAAGGAGUUGAUGGGACAGGAUUGGGCUCGCGGACAGAUGGGCACCUCCACCGGAAUUUUCCCCCUCAACUUUGUGGAGGUCAUCGAAGAUCUGCCUCCGCCGGCGAGUCGGCAGCAGACACAGGCCAGGAGUAUCCCGCUGCCUGGCAUGGUGGCUCCUCCAAGUGCAAAUACUGAGAUUGUCAAACCUGCUCAGGUGCCGCAGCCCAGUGUGGAAUGGGCGGUGGCUCUGUACGACUAUGCCGGGAAGUCAAAGGACGACCUUUCCUUCCGGGAGGGCGACCGUAUCCUGAUCACCCAGCACGUCGACGCCGACUGGAGCUGUGGCAGGCUCGACGGCAGAGAGGGCAUGUUCCCCAGGGCCUUUGUUGAGAGCAGCGCAGCAGGUCAGCAGCCGAAGGAAGCUGCUGGUGGUUCGAGAGCCAGAGCUCUGUUUAACUUCACGGCAGAAUGUGAUGAGGAGCUCUCUCUGCAGAUUGGGGACAUUAUCACCGACCUGGAGUCCAUAGAUGAAGAAUGGUUCUUGGGUGAUUUGAGGGGGACACGAGCCCUGGUUCCUAGAAACUAUGUGCAAGUACUAGGAUAGGACAAAUAAAAAAAAAACGGACUUUGUCUGACGACCUCAAGACCAACUGCCUUUAACUGGAAUGCAGUAUUUCAUAUCCAAGUAGUGCAUCGUGUUUGUUUUUUUUUUUUUUUACAUCUGCAGCAUUAACUUAUGUUAAAUAUAUAUACCACUGGCUGUAAAUACACUGGAUUUUUACUAUCAUGACCCUAUUGUGAAUUCUUAACCAUUUGCACCAUCUAGUGGUUUGUCUUAUUUCUCUAACCAGUUAGUUACUGCACCUACAAAAUGUGGUCAAUACCUAAUGAAACGUCCUCCUUUUCCUUGAUAAACUAUGAUUGCAAAUUA